AGUUUGAGUCACUCAACCAAUCAGAUGUCAGAGGUCGGUGACAGGAAGCGCUGUUGUGAAACGCAACAUUGCUCGUCGCACGGUGGAGAGGAUCAAACGCGCUUAUCGAUAGACCUUCAGCUGUUUGCAGAAGUUUGAAAGCUGAAGAUUUGAGGAUUUUCUCUUAUUUGAGGAGAAGCUGCCCGUCAGUCAUGCUGAAAGCUCUGGGACAAGCUUUUUUCUCCACCGGACUGCAGAGUCCUAAAUUCACAGCAGAGGAGCCGAAGGGUCAGGACUAUGAGAUCCGCACCUACCAUCCCACUAGGUGGAUGAGCACCACUGUGAGUGGGAUGCAGGGCGACGAAUGUACGAGCACCGGCUUCCGCAGGCUCUUCCGCUACAUUCAGGGCAACAACAAAACAAAGACCAAGGUGGAGAUGACGGCACCGGUCACGUGCCGCGUGGACCCUGGAGCCGGCCCCGCCUGCGAAUCUCAGUUUACCGUGUCCUUCUACAUCCCAGAUGAGCUUCAGGAAAACCCACCUGAGCCCACCGACGCCGACGUGUUCUUGGAGGACCGGAAAGAGUUCACUGCAUACGUCAGGACUUAUGGUGGUUUUUCCAAUGAGAACAUGAAGCAGGAAGAGCUGCUGAAGCUUUUGGAGAGCCUGAAGAGGGACGGCGUCGAAUUUGUCGACAAGCCGUACUACACGGCCGGAUAUGACAGCCCCUUCAAACUGACCAACCGCAGGAACGAGGUGUGGAUCCUCAAGAAAGCAGAGCAGCAGUAAAGUUGCACCUAGCAACAACUUGACAAACGCCCAGACUAAUGUUUGAAACGCAUGAGUCGGUAAUUUAUCGUUUAAAAGCGCUUACUGACGUUGACAAGACCGAAUACUUGGAAGAUGCAGCAGUGAUUGGUACUACAUGUCCAGCAGGUGGCGCUAACUGGAUUAAAAAGUGCCUUGAUGUUUUUUUUUUUUUUUUUUUUUAAAGUACAUCAUUUUUGCUUUUGAUUGUGAAUGUUGUUUUACUGGUUUUAAAGGAGAUUUUAUUAACUAACAGAACAAUUUGUUAACAUGUAAUGAAUAUAAAAGGGACCAGUGUGGUUUUAUAAAGCAUCUGCUGCUAUUGCUCCAUCUGGGAAUAAACAGACCAAAAAUCUUGUCCCAUCUCUCGUUAGAAUGUUCAACAACACUUGAAAAUGAUUUCAAACUUUUCCCAUUUUUGCCACACUACAGCAAAUUAUUAUUUUUUUAACCUAAAACAGUCUGGCAGGAUUUCUGUCCAGCUUCCUAGAGUCAAUAUUUUGUAAAAAACCUUCUUUCACUGCAAUCGCAAGUCUUUUAUGGUAUUUACCUUCCAGUUUUACCACUCUUAACUGGACUCGGAUCUAGAAACUGGCCGAUUCUAACAAAUGAAUGAGCUUUGACUGUUUAACUGUGAACCUCCACCACAAUUUGAAGUCCACCCCUCCCAAAGUAUUUAACCCCACCUUCCUAUCAAAGCACUCUGCCUAUAGGCCAAAAGCCUCAUGUAGUUUUCACCUGACCAGAACUCCCCCUUCCACAUGAUUGCUGUGUCCUCUGCAUGGCUUGUGCAGACAAAAGAAAUGGGACUUCCUUUCUUUCUCUCAACACUCUCCCAUAAAGGCCAGAUUCAUUCAGAGCAUGCAGAUUCUCCCACCUGAGCUGUGAAUCUCUUCAGCUCCUCCAGACCUACUAAGGAUCUCUUUUCUUUCCGCUCGUUCCGUCAUCUAACGUCUUGAUAAAUGGAAAAUGAACACAGAUCAUUUGCGUUGACUCAUAUUUUUCUACUUUUGCAUUGUACUAGAAAGUGACAACUGUAGCACUUUGCAGCAGAUCACUUGGCCCUGCUAGGCGUUUGUCAGUUUGAGAAAUCCCAGCUUAUCCGGUCUCAGACCUCACCCGCAGCCUCUCCUAUCAGACCCAUUAUGAUUAAUGACCGAGUCACUAUUUCUGGACGCGUCACACCGCUGAAGACUCAUCGUUUGUCAUGUUUCUCUGGAGCUAGUGAUGGAUGAAGGCAUGUAAAGUUAGCAGGUGGUGCUGUGUGGCUCAAACCUGCAACACUUUUAGAUAUACAGUGGGUUGCCGAUAUUUACAGGAAGGUAGUCAUAAGCACUAUAACGUGAGCUUUUUAUAUGAGUAAUUGUGUGAUGCAAUGUUCUUGAUUAAUUGCUUCUAAUAUGAUGUUGAAUGUAAAGCGUUUUCAUCAGUAAUAAAGAGAACUAAUCGAUGUU